CACAUGCCAUUUAAAAGUAUUUAUUUAAGCAAGCGCGCACGCACGUAAAUCCAAAAUUUUGGAGAUUCCCUCCUUUUCCCUCUCCUUUUAAAAUCCUCUCCGCGCCAGAUUCACCACUGACAUUUUCAUCCCUCUCUCCGUCGAUCCCAAAACCCUAGUUUUCCCGAGAAAAGAAAAGGGCAAACGGAACAAAAAUGCCGAGAGAGAUAAUCACGCUGCAGGUAGGACAAUGCGGGAACCAGAUCGGCAUGGAGUUCUGGAAACAGCUUUGCCUCGAACACGGCAUCAGCAAAGAUGGCAUCCUCGAAGAUUUCGCAACUCAGGGAGGUGAUAGGAAAGAUGUGUUUUUCUACCAAGCGGAUGAUCAGCACUACAUACCACGAGCUUUACUAAUUGAUUUGGAGCCCAGGGUCAUCAAUGGAAUUCAAAACAGUGAAUAUCGUAAUCUUUACAAUCAGGAGAACAUCUUUGUUUCAGAUCAUGGUGGUGGUGCAGGAAAUAACUGGGCCAGUGGAUAUCAUCAGGGAAAGGGCGUUGAAGAGGAUAUAGUGGACAUGAUUGAUAGAGAGGCAGAUGGAAGUGAUAGUCUUGAGGGUUUUGUUCUGUGUCAUUCAAUUGCUGGAGGAACAGGCUCAGGUAUGGGCUCGUAUCUGCUAGAGACUCUAAAUGAUCGCUAUAGCAAAAAGUUGGUACAGACAUACAGUGUAUUUCCUAACCAGAUGGAGACAAGUGAUGUGGUAGUCCAACCCUAUAACUCACUUUUAACACUUAAGAGACUGACUCUAAAUGCGGAUUGUGUUGUCGUUCUGGACAAUACUGCACUGAAUAGAAUUGCUGUUGAGCGCCUACAUCUGUCAAAUCCCACAUUUGCUCAAACAAACUCUUUGGUAUCUACUGUAAUGUCUGCUAGCACGACUACUCUGCGGUAUCCAGGAUAUAUGAACAAUGACUUGGUUGGUCUUCUUGCAUCGUUAAUUCCAACACCAAGAUGUCAUUUUCUUAUGACUGGAUAUACACCACUCACAGUGGAGCGCCAGGCUAAUGUGAUUCGUAAAACUACUGUACUGGAUGUUAUGAGGAGACUGUUGCAGACCAAGAAUAUCAUGGUUUCCUCUUAUGCGCGAACAAAAGAAGCUAGUCAAGCAAAGUACAUUUCAAUAUUGAAUAUUAUUCAGGGAGAAGUGGACCCUACUCAGGUCCAUGAAAGUUUGCAGAGGAUUCGUGAAAGAAAGCUCGUUAACUUUAUUGAGUGGGGUCCUGCAAGUAUUCAGGUUGCUCUGUCUAGAAAGUCUCCCUAUGUUCAAACUGCCCACAGGGUAAGUGGUCUCAUGCUAGCAAGCCACACUAGCAUCCGCCACCUCUUCAGCAAAUGUUUGAGCCAGUAUGAGAAGCUGAGAAAAAAGCAAGCAUUUCUUGACAACUACAGAAAAUUUCCGAUGUUUGCUGACAACGAUCUUUCUGAAUUCGAUGAAUCACGGGACAUAAUUGAGAGUUUGGUUGAUGAAUAUAAAGCCUGCGAGUCCCCAGAUUACAUCAAAUGGGGAAUGGAGGAUCCCAACAAUCUUCUAACAGAAGAAGGCAAUGCCAAAGGCACAGCAGAUCCGAAAUUGGCAAUUUAAAUUACCAGAUAGGUGACUAGCUUUGAAUUUUGCUCAUUUGCAGAAUUUAGUUAUAAAACUGAAAGCACAGUUGAGGACUGAAUGUAAAUAACUAACAAAUUUAUGGUGUGAGAUGUCUUCUUUAGGGGGGAGGAUUGGUGAUUUACUGAUUUGUGGUGUUUUAAUUA